AUGACUUCGCCUCCCCCAGGCCCAUAUACACUCCGCCCCGCCCUCCCAAGCGACAUGCCAACGAUAGUCCACCGGCACGGAACCCUCUACAGCAAAGAACAAGGCUACAGAGCGGACCUCGCGGCCGGCGUGGCAAAAACAAUCUUGGACGACUUCACGUCCAACCACGAUCCCGCGUCCGAACGAUGCUGGGUCGCUGAGAACAACAACAACAACAACAGCGACAACAACAGCGAAGACAGAUUCAUCGGGUGCGUUCUGCUCGUCCACGACAAGAGCGAAGAGUCCUACAAGUGCGCCAAACUCCGCCUUUUACUUGUUGAGCCGAGUGCGAGGGGGCUAGGGCUCGGUGGGGAGCUGAUUAGGCAGUGUACGCGGUUUGCGAGGGGAGCUGGGUAUGAGCGCAUUCGGCUGUGGACGAAUAGUGGCCUGACGGGGGCAAGGAGGCUUUAUGUGAAGGAGGGGUAUAGGAUGGUUAGAGAGGAGGAGGAUCAGACGUUUGGGGUUACGGUGCAGGCUGAGUUUUGGGAGUUGGUGCUCUAG